AUGGCAGUAUCAGUACCCAGCCAACAUGAACAUGCGCGGUGGCGGCAUUGGAUGGGGACAUUUGCUAAGUCUGAACCCUUGACAAUCCCGGCCGUGCAAAGUCGGUAUGUAGACAUGGUGCUCGAGGCAGAAGAAAUGCCUCUCCUUUACAACAUGGUUGCGUCAGCCGGCGCAUGGCUCCUGCUAGCCGGAUAUCUGGUCUUUCCAGGGACCUUUACCUCUUUGCACGAUUCUGCUGUGGUUGGAGAAAUAGCGACCCAUAGCCACGCCGGCUCGGUGGUAUCUCAUGCCAUUCAGAAUCCACCUCUCCUUGCCUUAGCAAUAGUGGCUUGUACACUGGGCACUCUCGGAUGCGGCUGGCUCUGCUGGCGAUGGCGGUUUAACUUUCUGUGGCUGGAACAGCAUAUUUUCCUACCCGUACUUAUUCAUUCCGCUACUGGCCUGGUUAAUACCCUGCUCAAUGUAUACGCAGCCCGCCAUGGGACAUGGUCCGUGAUGGCGAUCGUGACAGUUGCUGUGGCCGGCUCAUUUACGGUACUCGCGGGCAUUCUCUUCAUGUCCAUUCAGUUAGUUGUGCUCCAGAAGAUCAAGUGCGAGCACCAAACCCUGGUCAAUAGUGCUGCUUCGGCUCCUGAGGCAGUGAACUUUCAUUCCUCUGGCAUUUGUGAGACUUGUCAGAGUAGGUUGUUUAUGGAAGCUACGCAGGAGGAGGAGCCUAAUGGGACAGAUAAUGCACGGCAACUUAACUGA